AUGUCCCGGCGUCUGUUUUCCUCGGCGGUGCUGCUGCUUCUUUGCUGCGUGCUAAUAUGCUGCGGCGGCUGUGGGGCUGAGACCAACGCUGCGAAGACGCAGGAGACGUCGAGGGAGGUUGAGCUCUUCAAACCGGGGGAAACUCCAGUGUUUGCUGCUGGAGAAGAGGGCGAAAGUAGCUCUCUUUACGGAAGUGUCUCCUCAUUCCUCAGCCACUCCCUUCUUGACGUGAAGGGUGUGAUGGUUGCCCUUGCCAUCGGCGAACACGGCAGCGGUGACAGCAACGCGCGUCCCGGGAUUUGGGCCAAGUACAGUGCGUACGGGGCAGAUGUGAAGUUGAAAGAGGACGCCGCAUGGGAAGGAAAAGCGUGGAAGACGCAGCUUGUGACCAAGCGACCGGAAGAAGAGGGCUACCGUGUACUACCGCCUGGCCCCAAGGCCGUGGUGAAGGACAAUAAAAUACAUCUGCUCGUGUCAGCAGUGACGAAGGCACGCAUUUCUUUGGGUGAAGUUCACUGGGGCCUUGCGUUGAUUGUUGGUGAAGUUCAUGGGCCCGGGGAAGGGCGGGAAGAGCAAGGAGUCUCGUGGAGUAAACCCCGGCGUUGGAUUCCGUGA